CGCUGAGAGCCGAAGCCCGGCACGUGCCGCGGCUCCCGGGCCCUUGUCAGCCAUUCGGCUGCGCUGCGUUCGGCGAGUGCUGAACGCGCGGAUCUUCGUACGGCCUUUGACAUUAUAGGAAAUGAAUGUAACGGAGAAAAAAGCCCCGUGAAUGGAAUAACUGCGUGACCGGCCAACUUUAGUGUGCUUUCAGAAGCCCGGCCGGGUGCUCUCGGUGAGCUCGGCUCCUGGUUGUGCUGCAGGAGGGAUCCGCAGCUCCUGCCCGCUCUGAGGCAGCCGGGAUUCAGCUCCGUGCUCCUGCUUCACUGCCUUCCACGUGGCACUUCCCAUCGCCAUCCUCUGCCUUCUGUGCCACGAGGAACCCCUGGCUGGCAGUACCUGAGUAGAGGUGGCACCGCGGCCUUCUCCAGAGAGCCAAGGAGCAGUUUGGUGUCUGUCCAUCAUGAAGGUGAUGGAUGGCGCACGAGUUGGCCUCCAGCCUUUGCCUUUGGAGGCCUUCCUGGUGUGAUGACUUGUGCCUGGCUUCUUGUGCUUUAACUUGCCUAUACGACUUUGCCCCGUGAAUGUUUAUUGUACUGAAGCAGUGGCAGUGCCUGUGCAUCGUAACCAGGCAAUCUGUGCUAGCCAGAACUGCAGGAAAGUUAAUAAUUCAGAGAUUCCUCUAGCAAAGGAAUUUUGUGACUGGUGGCUGUCCUGCAGGCAGGGGUUUCUGCAUGUUGGGAAAAAGACCUCUUUAGAGAACAUCUUCAGUUUCUCUUCCUGGGAUUGAAAGCCCCGAGUUCCUAACUCUGGAAAUAAGGAACAAGGAAAGUUUACAAUGCCGAAGGGAAGGCGGUGCUCAUAACAGGCUGUGACAAAGGUUUUGGACAUGCCUUGGCAAAACAGCUUCAUGCAAAGGGAUUUACUGUUUUUGCUGGAUGCUUGCUAGCGGAUAAGAAUGGAGACGGAGCCAGGGAGCUGAAGGACAUGAAGUCAGAUCGCAUGAAAGUGCUGCAGAUGAAUGUGUGCAGUGACCAGGAGGUGGCUGAGGCUGUGGAUUAUGUGAAGAAGACCCUGAAAGACCCAGAGGAAGGUCUGUGGGGCCUGGUGAACAAUGCUGGUGUCUCAACUUUUGGAGAGGUGGAAUUUACAAGUUUAGACAACUACAAGGAGGUGACAGAUAUCAACCUGUGGGGCACCGUGAGGGUGACGAAGGCUUUUCUGCCCCUCAUUCGCAGAGCUAAAGGCCGUGUAGUGAACAUCACAAGCAUGUUAGGACGGAUGGUGAGCCCAUCUCGCUCCUGCUACUGCAUUUCCAAGUUUGGGGUGGCUGCCUUCUCCGACUGCCUCCGGCAGGAGAUGUAUCGCUGGGGGGUCAAAGUCAUCCUCAUCGAGCCCAGUAACUUCGUGGCAGCGACUGGCAUCCUGACAGAGGACGGCAUCGACAAGCAGGCCGAGGUGCUGUGGAGUGGAGCCAGCAACACCGUGCGGGAGGACUAUGGCAGGGAGUACUUCACUCGCCACGUGGCCACGAUGAAGUCCUUUGUUAACAGCGGCCUGAAGGACAUGUCUCUUGUCUUGAAUGACAUCACCAACGCGCUCGUCUCCACACACCCAAGCAACCGCUACAAUCCCAUGGAGACCUACUGGUGGAUGAGACUGCAAGUCAUGACUCAUCUGCCCACUGCCAUUGCUGACUGGCUUUACAUUCCUGGAGCCACACUGUGAACGGCCAUCCUUCAAACAUCCUUCCAGGGCUUGUAUGUACGCACAGUUUAGAGCUGACUUAGUCCUGUACUAAUUCCUGGUGCAUCUCCUCUUUAGAUGUUUGUGUCUUCAGUUUGGUUGGGUUAUGGCUUCGCAUCUUGUGUUAUGGGAUACGGAGGAAAAUUGUCUUUACUGUCUCCUCCCUUGGUCUUUGUAUCCCCCGCUGUCCUGAUUGAAGUUGAAAGGUGUUUUGCUUUUAACUGUGGAGAAGACAGAGGAAGGUUAACAUAACAGAUCAAAUAUGUGGCUAUUGUAACUAGGUCAGCUGAGCUCCCCUAGUGAUAAAUUGGACUCAUUACUGGGCUCUUGGUUUUCCUUACAAGGAUAGGCUGCUAAUAGCAGAGUGAAGCUGUUGCUAUGAGAUGUCUCAUAGGGAAGAAGCUAAAAUGGGAAACAAAAGCAGUUUUCCAUUUGAUUAAAAAUGGGUCAAUCACAGCCUUAUUUUGUUUUCACAGUACUGGUAGGAAGCUCUGCUGCUCCAUAACUGUUUGCUCUUUCCAAGAAAACAGCAGCAGUGCCUCUAAACAGCCUCAUUACCCAAUUGCAAAGAAGGGUUCUUCUCUCCCAGCACUGUGUCCAGCAACUGGAGACAGACUAGGCAGGGCAAAGCCCUUGUAAUAUCUCCUGGUAUCUGAGCUGCCCCUCAGCCAGUGAUCUUUCCACCCACUGCUGAUGAGCUGUGUGAGACAGACUUGAAUCUAUGUAGCAAACAGAUUUAGCUCCUUUAACUGCUGUGUUAGGUACCAGGUGAAAAAAGGACAGUGUGCAGUCAGUUUGGCCUGACUACGAGCUCUGGAAGGAUGUUUCAGGUGAUGCAUUUCUUUUUAAUUAAUACUGCACAAUGAAAUUUGUACGUCACACGUAAUCGUCUCCUCAGAAUUUCAUGACACGACAACUGAUACGAGCUGCUUUUGCAAAAUACCUCUGAGGAUCUCUCCUGUUGGCCAUAUCUGGGGCAUUCAAUCAUUUUUCCAAGCGCUGAGGCUGCCAAACCUCACACCUCAUGUCCUCUUUCCAAGUGGUGAACACCAGCAAAGCAGCCAGUGGUGAUCUGCCUUGUCAUUCUAGGGGGCCAGCUUCCCAUUCUGCUAAGUUUUGUUCUGUUUUGACUUCUGUGAAAUUAAAUGAAUGUGAAAAGAGCUUAUAAUUUGCUCUUUCCUCAUCUGUCUUGGAUAGCUAUGACUUUGAAGCUGUGCCUUAAACUUUUAUAUGCUGCUCUUUGUAACUGCUUGGAGACUGGAUACAACUGAAUGCUGUGAGGCCUAAGGAGGCAGCAGGCUUCCUUUGGAUAUGCCGUGGAGGUAGCUUGUAUUACAAAUAACUUCUGAAAAUGCUGGCUAUGCAGUUCUUGUUUUAUUUCAGACCAUAAUCACAUGGAGGCUGUCUGGGAUCUGGUACCCAGAAUGAUUCCACUGUCCCACUGCACUGCAGCUUGUUUAGGCAGUGUUGAAAUCACUUCUGCCCCUUGCACUGUGAAAUGUGAGUAAUGUUAAGUAGCACUAAUUUGCACAGAGGAAAAUAAACUGUGAGAUUUGUAAAGCA